UGCAAAAACAAAUAACCUUCCAGUUCAAUCAAAUGCCAAAAUAAUACUACUAAUGGUAACCAAAUUGAAUCCGAAAAUGGCGAAAAUCAACUGAACGCUUCUAUGGCAAAUCCUCCAAGUAGAAGAACAUCAUCUUCUUCAUCUUCAUCAUCACCUUAUUCUGGCAGUAAUUACCUGCUUCCAAUUUCAGAUACCAACAAUAACAACAACCAAUUUCAAUCCCAAACCACUGCAGCUACAGCUACAAUUAGACUAGUAAAUUCCAUCAAAAUCUUCCUCAGAAAACCCCAUGCUUUCCCUUUUCUCCUUUCCAUUUUCCUUUUUCUCACAUGGGUUUCCCUCAGAAUCCAGCAUCAUCAACAUCUUAGGAGUGAUUUCAACACUUGGGCUCUGAAAUUGGGCAAUAAGGGUAAAGAUGAGGACGCCAAUCUUGUGAGGUUUCACUCUAUGUCGUCCUCUAUUGUGAAAGAUAAACGUGGGUGGUUUGUUGAUCCUGUUUCUCUCGGUCUUCAAGCUGGCAUUUCAGGGGGAGCAACGAAUUGUGCUUCGGUUCACAUUGGUGAGAUCCGAGCUGGGGGAGUAAGGGGGAAUCAUAGACACCAUUCUUGCAAUGAGACAUUUGUUAUUUGGGGAGCCAAAACCUUAUUUAGGUUGGAAAAUAAUUUGGUUGACAAAGGCUAUGCUGAGGUGAUAGUUGGUGCAGAUGAGGUAGCUGUUGCAGCUAGUCCAAGUGGAAAAGCACAUGCUUUGGUAAACCUGGAUGCUCUGAGGAGUACAUUCUUCUUGGGGUGCCAGGAUAAUAUUAUCAAUUACAAUGACUCUACUUCUGACUUCAAUGUAUGGAAAGAUAUUUAGUUCUUUGAUCUUGUUAUUUCCGUAGCAUGGUUGGUUUUUUUUUUUUUUAAAUAUAUAGUGUCAGCUAUCUCAGGGUUUUCAUCUUUGCUCCAGUUCUCUUUUAGCUGGGAGCCUUGUACAAGUAGCAGAAAAAGUUAUGAUAACCUUUUGUCUCACCUUGUAGUCCCUUUUUUGUAGUAGACUUUGUUUUUAAGUGAAUCUGCUAAUCACAAAUAUGGAUACUUUAAUGCCAAAAAGUAACAUGUAUGUGAAAAAUGUUUGUGUUUGUCCGGGUGUAUAUGUACAUGCAUUCAAAAGCUGAUGCAACUAUCUGUAAUGGGGCUUGCUGUGUUAGAAUCUAAGGGGUUCUCUUGCAGUUGAA